GCGUAUUGAAUCUGUCGAUCCUGCUGAUCAAUUGAUGAUAUUUAGAAAUCGAUUCAUCUAUCCCAUCAUUCCAUGAUAUUUAAUAAAUUAUCAAGUCGAGUCUGAAUAUUCAACCAAGUGUCGUCGCGUCACCACUCAUCACACUACAUCCUUCCUUCCUACCUACCUAUACCCAGCAAUAUCCUUCCUGAAGAACGCAAAUAAUCAAAAAUGCCACCAACAUCCGAACCAAAAGUUCUCGGUAAUCGUCUCAAGAACAAAGUUGCCAUUGUCACGGGCGGUGGUUCAGGUUUCGGCGAAGGCAUCGCUCGUCGUUUCGCGAGCGAAGGUUGUAAAGUGACGAUUGCAGAUAUUGAUACUAUUGGUGGUGAACGCGUUGCGAGUGUUCAUCCUCAUAGUAUGCUAUUUGUGAAGAUGGAUGUGACGAAUGAGGAGGAUUGGGAGAGGGUAUUGGAGACUACGCUUGCUAAGUGGGGAAGGGUGGAUGUUUGUGUUAAUAAUGCUGGGACGAGUUAUAGGAAUAAGGUGAGUUGUUUCAUGGAGUAUUUCGUGGUUUGGUGGCUGUGGGAUGUAGUUGUGGAUGGAGAUGAGAUGGAGAUUGAUGGAUCAGACUGAUUUGAUUUGAUAUUAGCCAACUUUGGAUGUCAUCGAAGAUGAAUUUGAUAAGGUUUUUAAUGUUAAUGUCAAAUCGAUCUUCUACGCAACGAGACACUUCAUUCCAAAUGUUAUCAAUCAAGGGGAAGGUGGAUCGAUGAUUAACAUUGCAUCGGUUGGGGCUUCAAGACCUCGAGGAGGUCUUGUCUGGUAUAACGCCAGUAAAGCUGCCGUUGUCAAUGUGAGUAUUCAGCUUGUAUGUUGAAUCACGUUUCUAACAACAUGAAAGGCUACCAAAGGACUCGCAGCGGAAUAUGGACCUAAGAACAUUAGAAUCAACUCUAUUUGUCCGCUUCUAGCUGGUACUGGCCUGUACGUAUCUCCAACUUUCUACUUUUACGUCUACUAAUACUCCUAGCUUCUCUACAUUCACCGGAAUGGAUGAUACUUCCGAAAACCGUGACAAAUUUCUCUUCAAUGUGCCAUUAGGCCGCCUUUGUACUCCGGAGGAUGUGGCUAAUUAUUGCUUAUUCCUUGCGAGUAAUGAGGCAAAGUUCAUUACCGGUACUUGUUUGGAGGUAGAUGGUGGACGAAGUAUUUCUUGAGGAGAAAUGCAAAUGGAGGAUGUAGUAAAGUUUCUUCAUUUAGUCAGGUUUUGACGAAAGAAAUAUCUUGAAAACGGAUAGGAAAUCUAUUGCUGAUACCGAUGAUUUUAAUGAACACUACGAAGAUUUGGAAAUAGGAUAGUAAAGAGUAAUGGUUAUUGUGGAAUCACUGUU